AUGAAUAUGAAGAAAGAAGAAUUCAAAGAUGAUAAAGAAAAGAUGAUGGCAGCAGCAUCAUAUCUCCAAGAAGCAGCAUUUAACUGGUUUAACAUUUAUUUGCAAAACUACUAUAAGAAAGAAGAAGUUGACCAAGAUGAUAACAUGCUCAAAGUCAUUAACCAUUAUAAUAUCUUUAUUAAAACACUCAAAACUACUUUCAGAGAAGUUGAGGAAUGA